AUGGAUUAUUCUUUCCCUGGUCAGGUUGUUGGUAUUGAAGGGCAUAAUCCUAGUGGGCAUUGCUUAGUUGCAUCUAAAUUGGUAGAUUCUAUACCACCUACCUCUGUUGCUGAUGAUAAGGAUUUGAAUCCAGCAAAGAAGCUAGCUAUUGAUAAAAGUCAACCAAUUGAUAUUACUUCUAAAAAGAUAGAGUUGUCCAUGGUUGCUUCAAAACAAUGCAAUUUCGUUCAGAUUCCUACAGCAAUUGGAAGCCUAGAAAAGCUUCAGACACUUGAUCUCUCCAAUAACGAUUUUAGUGGCGAGAUACCGAAUUCUUUGGGAGGCCUCAAGAACCUGAAUUAUUUGUAA